UGAUGACGCCAUCCCCGCGCGCCGCCGCGGCCGCUCCCUCCCCGUUGCCGUCUCCGCCGCCGCCGCCGCCGCGGGCCGGAACCGGAGCGCGGCCGCUCCCCGCACAUGCGCAGUGCGGCGCCCGCCACUAGGCCCGGGCCUACCGUCAGCCCGGGCCCGGGACGCUCGGGCUCGGCGGCCGCCGCCCGGCGGGAGGCCAUGGGCACGGCGGUCCCUUCCUUCCUGGAAACUCAGCGAAGAGUUAGCGUUCCCAGGCUGUUGGAGCUCUUCCACGUUAAGGGAUGAUAUUUGCUAUGUGCCCUGUAAGUCCUGCCCUGGGACUCGGUGAGCGGUGGGGUGCCCGAUGCCUGUGAUCCCCAUUCCCCGCCGGGUCCGCUCGUUCCACGGCCCCCACACCACCUGCCUGCACUCGGCCUGCGGUCCGGUGAGGACCACUCACUUGGUGCGCACCAAGUACAACAACUUCGACAUCUAUCUCAAAUCCCGAUGGAUGUACGGAUUCAUUCGUUUCCUGCUGUACUUCAGCUGCAGCCUCUUUACCUCCAUCCUCUGGGUGGCACUCUCUAUCUUGUUUUGCCUUCAGUACCUCGGCAUCCGGAUCUUUCUGCGUUUCCAGUACAAACUCUCCAUCAUCCUCCUCUUACUGGGGCGAAGGCGGGUAGACUUCAGCCUCAUGAAUGAACUGCUCAUCUACGGAAUUCAUGUGACCAUGCUGCUAGUGGGGGGGCUGGGAUGGUGUUUCAUGGUAUUUGUGGAUAUGUAAAUAAACCAAGCGCAUGUGGGCCAAGAAGGUGACUGUUCUUCUACCCCCAAAUGUGUCAAUUAUCCUCUUUUCUUUUUUUUUUUUUAUAUAAAUUAAUUUAUUUAUCAGUGCUACUUUUUAUUGAUAAAUUAAUGUACUUGUCUCUGGAAUUUGUAUAUAUUUUUUUUGAGGGUUAAGGUGCCAUUCUGAUCAUCAAGGUGCAACACUUGAUUGGGUGUUUUUUCUUUGCGUAGUGCAAGUUAAUACACGUUUCUUCUUGCCCAUAGGCGCCUGCCUUUGCUGCUGUUCCUGUAAAAAAGCAGUGUUUUUUCUGGAGGGAAAGAAGCCAGAUAACUUUGCACCCCACGCUCUGAAUUGGUCUUCACCCUUUUUAAAAAAAAAAACGUUCCUCCAUGUCUCAGGCAUGUAACGUGUACCCUGUUUGACCCGUGCUGUCCUUUCUCUGUGUAGUUUGCUUUUUGCAUAUUCCCAACUAAGAAUACAGGGCCAAAUUAAACACUG